AUGGCCGACAAUCCUGAAUCGAGCACCGAAACCCAGAUCACCUUCAAGGUGAAGUCUGGCGAGGGCUCCCACACCAUCACCAUGAGCGACACCGCGACUGUCCUCGAUCUCAAAACUAAGCUCGCCGCCGAGGACAUGGAGAACCUCCCCCCUGAGCGCCAACGUCUUAUUUACUCCGGACGGGUCAUGAAGAACGACGAUGCCUUGAGUACAUAUAAGAUUAAGACUAACAACACAAUUCACAUGGUCAAGAGCGCUGCCAGCAAUCAACAACCUAACCAAACUCCCACCGCCAGUGCCUCCACAGCUACUCCUGCCCCGGCCAACAUGGCUGCAGGUACCGCGAACCAGCCAUUUGCUGGUCUCACAGGCGCACGAUACGCCGGUUUUGGAAACGGUCUUCCGGGACUUGAUAUGUUCGGACCCGAUGGUGGUAUGGGUGCUCCUAUGGAUGAGGCACGCAUUCAGCGACUCAUGUCCGAUCCCAAUGUUCAAUCCUCUAUGAACGAAGCCCUCAGCAACCCUGAUUUCAUCAACAUGCUUAUCGAAUCGAACCCUAUGCUGCGAAAUGUACCCAACGCUCGCGAGAUCAUCAGCUCCCCAAUGAUGAGACAGAUGAUGACCGAUCCUCAAAUGAUGUCACAAGCCAUGCGCAUGCAACGAAACAUGCAGGGCGGAGGAGCUGGUGGAUUUCCUGCCCCUGGCGCUACCGACACGACACCUCAAGGAGCAGCGAGCGGCGAUGCCCAGGGCAAUGCUGGCCAAACACCUUCUGGCCAACAAAACCCAUUGUUUGGACUUGGAGGCUUGAUGGGAGGUCAAGGCGGAGGCAACCCCCCUGAUCUUUCACAGAUGAUGCAGCAGCUUCAAGCUCUGAACCAAAUGUAUGGAAGCCCUGCUCAACCGCAAGGACAGACAGGAUCAGGCAACACUCCUAGCCAAGGCGCUACUGACAAUGCGGCUGGUGCGCAAACUUCUGGAACAACACCCGCCCAAGGUGGUGAACAGCAGAGCUCGACCACUGGCCAGGCUCCCCCGAACCCAUUUGCAGCGCUCUUCCCCGGUGCGGGUGCGGGGGGCGCUGGAGGCGCCCAGGCCAACAACCCCUUCGGUAUGAACCCGGAGAUGAUGCAGCAGAUGAUGCAAAUGUUUGGUAGCGGUGGAAUGGGCGCGAGCCCCCCGGCGCCUGCUGAUAACAGACCCCCGGAGGAGCGAUACGCUGAGCAACUGCGUCAACUGAACGACAUGGGAUUUUUCGACUUUGAUCGAAACGUUGCCGCCUUGAGACGAAGUGGUGGAAGCGUCCAGGGUGCUAUCGAGCAUCUUCUGUCUGGAUAG